CCUCCCAGCAUUCCUAGCGUCCAUUUUUACUUUUUUAUCUCGUUGGAGUGCUUCUUGUGUAGCGGAACAGUUCGGCCCGUUUUUGCGAUGUCAACGCUUCUUUGAGGAUAAACCAAACGCAUCAGUGCUUUCCUAAAGUGUGUCUGCAACGGCCCUGGCAUCAUGUGAGCGCGUGUACGUAGCAGAAAGGCGAUGUCGUAACUUCGCUGCGCCUGACGUCUGUCAAAACCUGUGUGCUAUCCAUCGUUGUGUUGCUUCGUGAUGUGUUCAACUCGGGAUAUCUGCCGGUGAAAGUCUUAUCAUGGCAACGGUUGUGUUUAAGCUGGAAGAUAACGACUGACGUCUUCUAGUCCGUUUGUGUGUGUGGGUCGGGCCCGUUGCUAGUAUAUCGGGCGACGAUUUCUGCUUCCAAUGUUGUGAUGUGUGAGUCGGAGUAAGUCGUGACAAAACGUUGGCUUGGCGCUAUCCGGGACAUGAGUUCUGCUCUGAAAACCGUGGAUUGCCGAAAAUUUGCUCCAAACAUAUUCAACAAGUCAAAGUGUCAAAACUGUUUUCGAACCAAGGAUGCGCAUUCGGCAGAGGCUCUGGAAAGCAACCGGGCGACAAGGAAGGUUUCGAAAUGCGGCUAUCUCUUUGUGGCUCCCGACUGGGAUUUCUCGCAGGCUAUCAACCGGACAAGGAGAUGGCAGCGACGGUGGUUCGUGCUGUACGACGACGGAGAGCUGACGUACUCCGUCGACGAACACCCGGAUACGGUUCCCCAGGCCGUGAUAGACAUGAACAAGGUGUUGGAGGUGGCCAGUGCGGAAGACGUGACGGGGAACCAGUUCUCCAUCGCCAUCACUGCUCCAGAGAAAGUGCACUUUGUCAAAGGGACGAGCCGGGAUGAAAGCAGAUGGUGGUUUGAUGUACUAUCCCGUUUCCCUGGCAACAUGGUCCGUACGAAGAACAAACGUAACGCCACGUUACCUGGACUCAGCAUCUCGGCUACCAUCAUGAGCUGCGAGUACAAAGAUAACGGUCAAGAUCAUCUCAACGUGCAAUACCAGAAUGGUCAGGGCCACGGAGGAAGCCAUGUCGAUAACAACAACGCUCUCAACUCCAGAAGGAAUAAGGAAGAAAAUGGGAACAUCACCGAAGUUCUCAAUGCCAAAAAUGGAGUGGAGAUGGAGAUAUCAUCUUUAGACAGUGCUCUCUUGGCAUCCGACGACAACGCUGGGGACCCGCUCAAAGGUCGCAGCAGACGCUACCUCAAACGUGAAAGCCGCGGACUUAAGAGCCAGAGGAGUCGGUCCGACGGAGUGGCCAAGAUGAUACCGCUCCCUCCUUCGCCUCACGGCAACGACAUCGUGGACUGGGCAGCCGAAGUCCUCUCUUCGCCUCCUGGUGUCCCCCAGAAGGACGAUCCUCAGAGUGUGAGGGGACAUCGAAGUUUCCAGCACAACCCGCUCUACCUGCUGUUGUCAGACGUGGUUCCGUCUACGCAGAAAUCCGAAGCCGUUGAUAGUCAUCGAUGUCUACAGCGUUGCCGGAGCGCCGGAGAGAAAGGCAUGACUCCCCCACAACACCUGUUGCUCAACAAAAUGUCUAUGGAAAGAGAAGUAGAGAAAGCUCAGAACACCCCAGUCACUCCUCACCAGUCACCCCUCAGAGAACCUCUCUCCCCGACGGCACACGACGGCGUCCGGUGGCAGAGCAACGACAAUCUCAACAACAAUCACGUCACAAACGUCAGCAUCAUCGCCUCCACGAACGGCAUAAAACGGAGUUACAUCACGUCCCUGCCCACUGCGCCGUCCGACCCGUUGUUGCCCACGCCUCCCAGCCCAGCGAAAGACGAUCACAUGGGCCGAGGUGUUCCUGAUGGUUGCGGAUUGGAUUCAAGCAGCGUGGCGAAGAUAGAAGCACCUCUUGAGGACAUCUUUGUGAAAAAGGGUUGGUUAAUGCGGCUCGGAGGGAGCAGCACCGAGUGGUUCAAGCACUGGUUCGUGCUGCGGAAUUCAUCGCUCACUUACUACAGUGAUCCUUCCGCGGAAGACUCUGGCAUUCUCAACGGAGUCCUCGAUCUCCAGAUGGUCCGUGAAGUGAGGGAGCUCGACCUGGACCGCGGAUAUGCAUUCUCCAUCAUUCUGUGGGAGGAAAAGAAGGAGAUGGUCCUCUGCGCCGUGACAGCGGGGAUCCGCAACAACUGGAUCCAAGCCAUCCGGCAGGCCGUCGAAAACUGGAACUCCGCGCACUUACUCAAAGAUCCGACGACAGAAAUUCGUCUGGCAUUGGUUGACAGCCCAGCGAGAGUUCAGCAUGCAGAAAAGGAAGACCUGGAAGAGCUGCUCUGUGGAAGAGAAGACCUGAGUCAACGGCAAAACGAGCAGACGCAAAACCUGGAGACCUCAUCGAGCGACGACCACUCCGAAUAUUUCUCUAUCGUCGAUGACGAAGACGACAUGGCGGAUCAGUCAUCGAGGAACCUGCCUCCGUCGCCUCCGUUGAACCGAACAGCGAUUUCUAGGGUCAAAGAAAAGGCCAGGUCGAGGUCAAACUCGAGAUCACGCCGCGGAAGAAAACUCAAGUCCCCACAGCGGCAUAGUUCAGACUUGGUAGGCUACACAUCUGCCGCGGAUGUUGAAGGCGACAGAAAUUGUGAUCGUUCAGCUGAACACAUCGCUGACACACUGAGCGAAGUGAAGCAGCAGAGCAUCGAAGCCGCGAAGACACCACUGAAAGCCCGAAACUCGACACCGGAAUCUACGAGCAGCGCGGAUACCAUAACCAGAUCAAACAGCACGACACUAACGGUCACGCCACCAUCCGCGACGAGCACGCCUCGCAGUUCAACAUCAUCCCAGAAGGCCACGCCGACACGGUCGUCACGGCGCUCCGCUUCCCUCCGCGACCUUCGAGCGAAGAAACUGGAAACGCGUUGCACAGAGCUCGAGGAGCAGCUCCGACUCAAACAGAAAGAGCUCGAAUGGCUGCAGGGAUUGUGCGAAGUUCCACCAAGCGAGGAUCGGUUGCUGAUCUCUCUCAACGAACUCAGUUCGUUGUUCAUCCAGAGCGUCGAGAAGCUUCAGGACCUGAAGAGGAGGCUGGACAGACUUCCAGAAAAAGACUCGUCUUAUUCAAGUGCGAGGGAUCUGUGUCGAUGGUGCAACGACCUGGAGAGCGUCAUCACGGAGAACGAGCAGCGCAUCGACAAGAUCGUUGAGUCGCUCCACGAAGUGAGAGCGUCCGGUUCGACGGCCUUCUCCGGGUGCGAGUUGAAGUUGCAGCAGAAAGUAAUCAAGGCCAUCGAAGAGAUUGCAGCGCUGAAGAGAAAAUUAAAAGAAGCCCAAGACAACUUCGACGACCUGGAGCUACGCUGCGUUUCAUUGAGGCAGAACGCGCGCAACAUGGAAGAGAUGUACGAGUCGCAGCUGGCGCUGAUGACUGCGAGGGUCGACGACCUAACGUCGAAGUUGACGCUCUCCGAGAGGAAUCAAAGGCAGAUGAAACAGAAGUUGGUGAGGGCAGACUCAAAGCAGGAGAAACGAAGAUUAUCACUGAAAGGCAAGGAAGCUCUGACUUUAACCAAAGAACUGGAAGCAAAAUUAACGCUUCUCGAGCAGAAAAUCAAUACGGUCGAAGAAUCGCUCCACUUCAGCAACGACACGUGCUCUGAUGUGUCGGCGACGGAAGACAUCAAGUCUCCGCUGAUGAAGGCGAAGAGGAGGCUGUCGCAGGAGAGCCUGCCUGGAGGAGAUCAGCAGGGCAUACUUCUCAGAGUCCACCUCCUGGACCAGAAAGUCAAAUCGGUCUCCAACGCCCUCGAGAAACCAGGGCUUAAUGCGGAAGACAUUGCUCUGUUGAGCAAGCCCAGGAUAUGCCUUCAGACAAAAAAGGCAGAGGACGGCAGUCAAGUGGACGACUACACAGAAGAGUGGAGCACGCUCUCUCUGGCGACCAGCAUGAACGACCUUCAGGCCAUCGACGAUGCAGAGUGCAUCGUGAGUACAUCCGUGGAAUGCGCGGAGUGCCUUGCUCAGAAAGUGGACGCCCUGGUAGGCUGGCUGCGCGGAGCACUUCAGUCAGUUUACAACCACGAGAUGUCAGGUGGCCAAGAAGCUAGAAGAAAUCCAGAUUCCAAGUCCAGCACCAUGAUGCAAAUCAUGGAACUCAUCGACAGCAUGUCACCGUCGUCAUCCGAUAAUGUGUCAUGCAUGCAGAAUGGACUUGAAAGGACAUGGGCAGCGUUAACGCAUAACUUGACGUUGCUACAGGAGAUAUCUUGUGCCCUCUGUUCACUGAGGGAUUCCGAGAAGGACGCGUUGAGGUCGUUAAUUGGAAAUGUUCGCAGGAUAGAUAGAGUUCUGACGGCAUUCGAGUCUGCCGUGGCAGAGUCCGCCGGAAAAGAUGGUCUGACGUUAGAUCAGCAUAUUCCUAGUCUGAUGGUUCUCGACAGAGAUCUGGCAACACUGGAUGAUGAAGAGGUCACGGUGCAGCUGCUGACGACCAGCUUGGAGACAGCUCUGAAGAACCUCGAUGCUUUAUCUGCUUCACUUGAACAAUACAGAAAGUCCAGACAGGCUGUCUUGCUAAAAAGGUUGUCUAACGCAUUGGACGCGAGUCCAGUGUCGGACGAGGAGCCGGAUGCCUUCCAGAAUGCAACAGAACAAGAAUCUCUUCUUGCACUUAUCACCGAGACAGUCUCAAAAGUAUCCACUGGAAUGGGGCGCAAUCUGGACAAAGUCUUGUUCCUUCAGUCUAGUCUAUCACAGAACCAGAAGAAACCCUUAACUACUCUUUGUAGGAUGCUACAACAAGAGGCAGAACAGCUGGACAAAGAACUCCGAGAUGCGUGCAUCUCUAUACUGGACAGUUACUGUUUUGUUGGACUGCCACCAGCUGUCCUGGAACGUGAGAUUGUACCUGCUGUAUCAGACCUUGCAACGGUUGUUUCUGCGUUUGCUGUACUUAAGGCUUACACACUGCUCCUGAAAGAGGAGGCAGAAGCAAGCGUGUCGGAAAAGAAAAGUCCGACGGACUGCAACAAUACAUCGUCGGCUCCUUCCGAGGUUUCGGGGAAUGGUUUGGACAAGUUCAAAAUGCUAUCACUGGCCCUGACCGACUUCCCAUCUUUGCUGAACUACUGGCUCGUAAAAUGUGUAGGAAGAGAGAGCGACGGACUUGUUCCGACUGUUGGCAUCGAUCUGUCGUCUGCACUGAAGAGGGUUCACGGGAAGUUGGAAGAGGAGAGAGAAGUUCAGAAGCGACGGAUCCUUGCCCUCCAGGAGAGGCUCGACUCUGCGCACCGCGAGUGGGACCUUCUGCUGAGGGACGGGUGUCCUACGUGCCGCCAGCUGAGGGACGACCUGCAGGUCCUCGACGAGAGGCUGAAGGAGAUGCAGGAAAUGGCCAGGACAGGUACAUUGUGCGAGCGCUGCGAGGAACUGCAGGAGAAGCUACUUCAGGCUGCGGUCGACCACGAGGAUGAAGUGACGAGGAUACAGGACAACCUGCAGGGCGAGAAGGAGGCAGCCGAGACUGAGUAUCGGAAUCUUCUGCGCAACAAGGAACAGAGUCAUCAGGCUGAGAUUGAGAACCUGCAGUCAGACUUGCAAGCUACAAGAAGGCAGCUGAAGCUUAUUCAGUCUGAAUACGACGGUCGUGUCGAGAGCCUUCAAGAGCUCUAUGAACAGAAACUGUCGCAGUGGAAACAGGGCAUCAACGAAGAGUCUGUUCGUCUGCGGUACCAUGCAGAGAUCGAUCAACUUAGGGGCUUGUGCGAAAGGGGGCUCGGCGCGUUGGAGGUAUCGCACCGCCGUCUAGUGUCGCAGAUCGAGGAGAGGCACAAGAUGGAGAUGGAUCGGGUGAAGCAGGAGAAGGAGCAGGCUUUGGAGAAGGAGAGUCAGGCUACUCUGGCCGCUCUGAAUGCAAUGCAGAGAGCCCAUCAAGAGGAGCUGCAUCGCGAAAUCUCAAACUUCAAGGAAGAAUUUGUGCAAAAGAUGAAGUUGAGUUACGAGUGCCAAGUUCUCCAUGGAAGGCACGAGGAAGAACUGAAGGCAAUCAAGAAUGAGAUCCUGUCCCUAUCAGAGAAAUAUUCCGUGAAGUGCCUCGAAAAUGCCUCCCUGGAGGAACAGCUGGAGGUUACCAGCCAUCAGCUGCAAGAAGCCAACUAUCAGGUGCUUGACCUGCUGGCCAGGAACAAGCAACUGAGUGCCCACCUCACCACGGACAUUCUCCAGAGGGAAGAGCACAACCUCCGCAAGGACAGAAAUCCUGAAACGCUUCAGAGGUUGCUGAUGCUUCGUGACAGUGAGCUGGUCCGGCAGAAGGAAGAAAAUGCACAAAUGCUGCAUUCUCUACAUCUGGCUCAAGCUCAAAUCCGUCAGCUGAGCAGCCAGUGCCAGAAGCUGAGCAACAGCCUCCAGUCUGAGCGCAACGGUCGCAACGGAGAGGUACAGCGGCUCAAGAGCAAGCUGGAAGAGAUCAUCGCGGCUGCUGGCAUCGCAGGCACGCAAGAAAGUGAUGACCAGGAAUUUCACGAACCACAGCAGGCUCAGUCGCUCUGCCCGCCCUCAACUGCGAGGAGGUUACCCUUCACCGCAUCACUCAGACCUAAAGGGCUGACGCCACGGACUACUGCCUCCGGUCUCCCCGGACUUGAGCCUCUUGUACAGAUGUCGCGGACCUCCCACCUGGGUCAGCUUCAGAGUAGCUCAAAUGUGUGAACCUGUGCAUGGCGUCCACUCUGUCAUCCGCGCUUGUCCAUCUUGUGAAUGGUGUUAAUCGUGCAAGUCAGUACCGAGGUCGCGUAGCUAAUGGGAUGCGACGUAGGUGUCGCCGCUGUAGAUAACGCAAAGACGGAACAGUGUUUGUUUGUUUGUUUGUUUAUUCUUUUGGGAACAUGGAAUGGGCGUAGAGGAUACCGCGUGCAUGGACUGUACGAGUGUUUCAUUACAGUUUCGCGAAAUGCUGCUUGUGCGGCAAGGCGUGAAUGACGUAGCGUAGGGUUGUUUGGAGUCGUAGACGACAAAUAUUGUUGUACGUGUCAGCAGUGAGGAGAUUCUAGAAGUAAACCGGUUGUAGAUAUACGGGGUAGCGGCCUAUAAAAGAUGACCCGUGCCCGCAUUCCGUGCCCAGCACUUACUCAACGCACGCGGAGGUCUUCUUCUUUUUUUUUUUUUUUACAGAUAAAGCUCUGAAGGCAGUUCAAUCAGAUGGAUGACAGAAGUUUUGAGAGCAUUUUCCCUCAAUAGCAAAGGAGACGUAAGCGAUGGAAAUUUAUAAUGCACGGCAUAGGAGCAAUUCAAUCCUGGUAAAUUUCAGAGCUAUUGAGCAUCGCAGUGCAGAGUUGUAUUGCGCAAUAUACCAACUCCGUAGUCAGAAGUGACACUCAACACUGAAGCGGCUGGGAUCGCAGCGAGACGACGUGAUGAAACUCUGCCUUGCGGUGUUCGGUGACUUUAAAAUUUUGCGGAAGUGAAUCGCCUUCAGGGCUUCAGACGUAGACGUAGACGACACAGUGCUCCACAUGCAUCGGGUAAUCGUUGAGCACGGCACGCUGGCGGAGAUUCUUAUGGGUCGCUACCGUGUGCGUACUGGGGGGUGCAAACAUCUUGCUUCGAGACAAGUUCGAAUAAGACAGGAGACGUAGAUGAUACAAGUAUACCUCAUGCACAGCUUGUUUGACUGCAGGGAAGAUUCUUUCAUUUCUACGCUAGCAUCUCUACUGCUGGUCAGGAGAGAUCAGCUGCACCGCCUUUUCUCGACGCCCUGUAGUUAGCUUACAAGUACAAAAAAAAAAGAAAAGCGUUUAGGUUAGCUAACUGCUCUUCCUCCUCUCCAGGGCACACACAAAAAAGGGGAAACACGUUCAGGUCACCCGAGCCGACGAGUGUCCCGACAGUUUCUCCGCACAUUUCAACGUCGAUAAGAAACGGCAACUUUAUAUAUAGACAUAUAUAUAUUAUGUAUACAAAGAUUAUGAGAGAGAGAGAAAAAGAGAUAUACAUAUAUAGAUUUAUAUAUUUUUUAAGAAAGGUAUCCUCAACUACGUACGUGCGCCACAUUCAAGAAGUUGUACAUAGGCAACGUGCUGACGAUCACGUUUUUUUUAAAGAGUAGAUUUGUUUCCAUCUCGUUUCUUUCUCCUCCUCCUUUAAUCUUUCAGUAUUUUACCGCGUUUACUACCGUGUCGUUUGUAAACUGUUAACGGGUUAACCUCUCGAAGCGUUUUUUUUUUAAUUAUUGUCGUGCACACUGACCUCAGGAAUUGUCACCUCGUUCGCGGAGGAAAAACAGGCGGGGAACGUUGCUUGUACAAAAUAAGAUUCUAUCGUUGCAGGAGACAAAAGAGGUGCAAUAUUACUUAUCCACACUCUGUAGAAAAUAUGUUGAAAAUAAAAGAUAGCUGUGUGCGUCAAAUA